GCUUGGCAUUUGUGUUGUUAGCGAGCAAAUGUUUGUUAUUUUGUAAUAGCAAAAUGAAAUAAGUUACACUUUAAUCUAAGUUAUAAAGGUAAACAAUGGAAGCUGAAGUAGUGUCUUCUUUUUUUUCUAAUCACAACGAAAUUCAAAAGGCAUCCAAGGAUAUAGGCGAUGAGUUCCUAGAACUCAUAGAUGAUUUAAAUUUCUCCUUGAAACAAAUUAAAUUGCCUCGAUCUGUAGAAUGCAUCUACAAUCCUACGUUAUACGCGCGGGAAACUUUUGAAAUGUAUAUCAAAAAGUUCUGUAACACGAAAAAGGAUGUAAUGUACUUUGGCAUGAACCCUGGUCCAUGGGGCAUGUCACAGACAGGAGUGCCAUUCGGGGAAAUCAGUUCAGUCAGAGACUGGCUAGGCAUUCUAGGGCCAGUUAAUAAACCUGACAAUGAAAUCAAAGACCGCCCAGUACAAGGUUUUGAGUGUACCAGGACCGAGGUAAGUGGGAAAAGAUUUUGGGGAUUAUUCAAGGAAGUCUGUGGUACUCCGGAGAACUUUUUUAGAACUAGUUUUGUCUACAAUUACCUGCCCCAGCAAUGGAUGAAGAAUAAUGGUUGCAAUCUUACUCCUGGAGAUUUCAGGGUUUCAGAAAUGCAAGCCUUAUUUGAUAUCUGUGAUCCUAUCUUCAUUAAAGUCCUGGAACUGUAUGAUGUAAAAACUAUCGUAGCCGUUGGAAAGUUUUGUGAAACAAGAGCCCUAAAAGCUUUGAAGAUGCACAGUCCACAUAAAACCUAUCAGAUACUAUACAUUCCACAUCCAAGCCCCAGGGCCGUGAACAACAAUGACUGGGAUAAAAAAGCUGUAGAAUACUUGAAAAAUCUAAAUCUAAUGCAAUAUUACAAAUGAAAAACUAAUUUAAAAUUUAAUAACAAAAAUAAAUACGUGAUUUUAAUUUUAUAAGAAACUUUAUACUUUUAAGAAUUAUUAAUAAUGUAGGUUGUAUGAGAACUUGAGAAGUCUGUGUUGUAUGAGAGUAUUAUUUGAAAUAUGUUUCUAUGUAAGUCAACUAUAAGAUAUGAUUAAGUAUACAGUAAAGUUUAAGUAGGUACCUAUAUUUGCGAUUUUGUGAUCUCAUUUACUAUUUUGUAUGAUUAAAAUCUCUAAAAAAUAA